UCGAAUCUCAACUUUUGUUUUCAUCUUCUCAAAUGGAUUCCAACACUGCAUUCGACAGCUUUGUGUAUCCAAAUUUCUCCAAAUUAGAUUUAGAAAAAUUCAUUUGGCCCAAACAGGAAAACCACUCUUCGAAUGAAGAGCUGAACGAGCCGUUGAUCGACCUCGAGGGCGGCGCGGCCGCAACGGCGGAUCUGGUUCGAUCAGCUUGCCUGAGGCACGGCUUGUUCCAAGUGAUCAACCACGGCGUGGAUUUGAACCUCAUAAAUUCAGUAAAUGAUCACGUGAAUUUCUUCUUUAAUCUCCCAAUUGAUGCAAAAAUGAGGGUUCAUAGGCUGCCCGGCAGCUUUUGGGGCUAUUCUUUUGCACAUGCAGAUCGUUUCUCUUUGAAUCUGCCGUGGAAAGAAAUUUUUUCAUGCAUUUUUCGUCAAGAUGCCUCUGAUUCUGAGGGGGGCCUCUUUUUCGAAUCCGCAUUUGGUCACGAAUUUCAGAAGAUAAGAUUGGAUUUCGAAAAAUAUUGCGAUGCGAUGAAGAAAUUGUCUCUAAGCAUAAUGGAAAUAUUGGGGAUGAGUUUGGGGGUUGAUAAAGUAUACUAUAAAGAUUUUUUUGAAGACGGUAGUUCUUUAUUAAGAUGCAACUUCUACCCUCGAUGCGAAGAAGCAGCCCAAACUCUUGGCACCGGACCACACUGUGAUCCCACUGCUCUCACCAUUCUUUACCAAGAUCAAGUUGGAGGUCUCCAGGUCUUUGUCGACGACCGAUGGAAGUCCGUCACGCCCAGACCCGGCGCCCUUGUCGUCAAUCUUGGCGACACUUUCUCCGCAUUAUCGAAUGGAGUGUACAAGAGCUGCCCACAUAGAGCUGUAGUGAACAAAUCAAUGGAGAGAGUUUCAAUGGUGUAUUUCUUAUGCCCUGCAGAAGAAAAAGUGAUUAAGCCUCCAACAAAUCUUGUGAGCUCAGAGAGGCUGAGACAAUAUCCAGAUUUCAAGUGGUUGGAUUUCCUCAACUUCACACAAAAACAUUAUAGGGUUGAUGUUGCAACACUCCAAAAUUUCACUAAAUGGCUCAUUUCCCACCAGCCAACCUAAACCCUACCUACCUACCUAUAUAGCCAGGGUUUUUUAGACUUUUGUCACCCCACCACCUUAUAUACAUUCAUGCAAUAAUUAUACAUGUCACAUUUAUGUAUAUGUAUUUGGUGUGUCUAGCCUAGUACCUAGCUCCAUCGUUUGGCUUGCCAUUUAUUAUCUCAUCGUGUGUUUGUGUUGCUAUAUUUAUGAAGUUUCUACUUGAUGUCUA